AUGAGGGGGCAUCAGCAGCCCCGCCGCCAGGAUCAGCGCGCACAGCGCUCCGCCUGGCCUUCCUAUGCCAAUAGCCCUGCCCUCCAAUGGAAUCAGGGCCAGCCGACUGCCAAUAUGUCCAACCUCGCGGGCCUGUCGGGUCCCCUAGCCUUCGACCCUGAUACCAGCUCUGCCUAUGAUGCUCUGCAGCCACAGCCUUCUACCCAGGACUUCAGCCAGGAGCCUACUGACGAGCCGACAGUGCAGUCCCUUGCCGAACGCCUUAGAUCUUUGGAAGCUCGCAUCGGUAUCUUGGAAGCCGACCGACGUGGCGCGCAGCAAGCCUUGUGGCACCAUAGCCGUCCAGCCCAUGAACAGCCGGUAGCCGGGCUGCUCUUGACACUUCAGCAAGCCUUCCCUACGAUAGCCGUCUACUUUACAGAGGCAGCCGUUGACGCCUGCCAGUAUCAGGGACCCUCAGCCUUGUUGGACUCCGAAGGAGAUCCAGAAGCGUAG